AUGGUUUUGCCUAUGAGCUUGUUGAAGACGGCCCAAGGGCAGCCGAUAAUGGUUGAGUUGAAAAAUGGCGAGGCAUACUCCGGUGUAUUGGCCAAUUGUGACUCCUGGAUGAACUUGCAUAUCAGAGACGCUGUCCUCACUAGCAAGGAUGGUGACCGCUUCUGGAAGCUGGCUGAGGCCUACAUAAGAGGGAAUCAUAUCAAAUACCUACGGAUACCCGAUGGUGUGGUUGAUAUGGUCCAGGAGGAUGCUAUCAGGCUCCAACGUAUGAAGGCUGAGAAGGGUGCUGGAAAGGGCAAGGGUAAAGGUAAAGGGAAGGGUGGUGGUAUACCAGCAGGCAAAGGUAAUGGAGACUGCUGUUGCUGUCUCUGGAGACGCUCAUCUCACUGGUGUCCAGGUCGUGGUGAGGCUGCUGGCCCUCGUAUGCGUCGGAAUAAGGUGGACCAUCGUGGAGGCGGGCGUGGGAGUAGAGCUGGCAAGAAGUAUGUCGUCGAAGAGGAUGACUUUGAUGCCGUAGCCCGUAGGAAUCGUGAUGUAGAGCAGAUCAAACGUCGUCAGCAACAACAAGCGGAGGAAGAUUCAUCGUCGGAUAACGACGAGCCUACUGCUGCCCCUGUGGCAGCUCAUGCAAAGAGGGCACCGGAGGUGAAGACAGCAGCAGCUAAGGAACGGGCUGACUCUGAUGAUGAUAUAGCACCUCUAGGAGCUGAUCAGAAGCAUCAACCAACUCGACGAGAGCGAGAGGCUGCCGCUAAGGAGGCUGCCCACAAGGCAUACCUCGAGAAGCAGGCCAAGGGGGAAACCUCAGAAUUCAAGGCUCAAGCCCAACGUUUAGCCGAAGUGAGAGCUCGUCGAGAGGCGGCUGCUAAGAAGCGUGAAGCAGAGGAGGGUGGCCUCACUGGUAACCUGGAUGGCCCUACUGUGGGUGUACAGGCUGGUAGAGAACCCCCGAACAAGCCAACCUCAGCUCUCGCUGAAGCCAUGGGAGCUACUUCAAUGACCGCUGGCCCUAAGCGUAGAGGUGGCGGCAAGAAGAAGGGCAAACACUAA